GUCCAUACUAGUUGAAAUUGACAAGUCUUUUGGAUGUUUAAAAAUUAAUUAUGAGUAUACUCUAGAAAUUUCGUGAGAGCGUUAGAAGUUAACGCUUGCAGGGGAAGACAUAAAUGAUUUCCCUGCCUAACAGUGUUUAGAAUUUGAUUUUUAAAAGGAGUACAAUGGGAAAACUCAAAAGUUUUUAUAUACAGCUUGAACAUCCACAAGCUGUAUACUACCCAGGUCAAAAAAUAAAUGGAAUUCUUUUUGUAGAAUCAUUAAAGGAAAUGAUUGUAAAAGACAUACGAGUGACGUUUCAAGGUAUUGCUGAUGUUCAGUGGAAUAAAGUCAAGAGACACGGAUGGGGAACGUACAGCUCUUUGUCUACAGCCCCUGAACUUUAUCUGGACCAAAAUGUUCUAUUGUAUGGAAAAGGUGCAGGGAUGGGUAAUAAAAAAUGUUUUCCUCCUGGAAAAUACGUAUAUUCAUUUUCUUUUGCUCUUCCAAAGAACUUGCCAUCAACGUUUCAAGGAAGUCACGGCUUAGUGCGAUAUAUUGUAUCAGGCAUCAUUGAAACGUCCAAGAAAAAGAUACAUGAGACGGAACAUCAUUUUACAAUUGUGUCAGGUUUAGAUUUGAACAGAGCUCCAAAUUCAGCUUGUGGGAUCCAAAAACAGGAAGAUAAAUAUAUAUUAUGCUGCUUUUGUUGUACAUCAGGAACAAUUACUUGCAAAUUAAAGAUAGACAAAUCUGGAUAUAUCCCUGGAGAAACAAUUUCUUUCCAUGCGGAAAUUAAAAAUUUCAGUGGAAAAAUUUGCAAAAACCAUGUCAAAUUUUAUCAGAUAUCUACUUAUCGUACCAAGAAAGCAUUCAGAACGUCAGAAAAAGUCCUUGAGAAAGUGAAGCACCAAAGAGUGCAGCCUGGACGAUUUGAAUCCUGGACGGGAGAAUUUUCUAUUUCACCAGCCUCACCUCCAUUAAAUCUUGAAGAAUCCUCAAAAGACGUCGACUACUUUGUAGAACUAGUUGCUGUUCCAAUUAACUCUUUAGGAAAAAAUAUCCAUGUCCCCAUCAAGAUUAUCAUCGGGACAGAUAAUCAGAGAGGUCAGCUAGCGUCGGGUUUGUCAACAUUGGAAUUGGAAGUUCCCGGUGAUCCCAGACUACAAUCUGUACACCAAACGGCAAGGGAAUCCGAUACCUUUAACAUAGAAUCUUCGUCUUUCCAUGAAAGAAUAUUUUGUAGUGAAGAUAUGAAAUGAGAAGGCGAUGAUCACAGAAGACGAUACGAAAAGUCAAAUAAAUGGACCAUUGAGAACCCCAAACUGAUUUAAAUUAACCACAACGAUACUGAAAUUUUCAAAUAUUUUACCUAUGUUAAAAAUCGUUCAUGUAAAGCAUAUCUAAAAGAAAAACUAAA